CUCAGUGUUUGAGAAGAACCAGCAGAAUGAAUGACUGGUAGAUGCAAUCAUUGCAGUCAGUGCCGAGGAGCAGCAAGAGGAAUUACACCCCUGUGUCCCCGGCCUUUAUCAGCCUCUAGUUCGAAAGGAAGGGAGGCAGAACGGGCUGGACACCAAGCAGCCACUGUACUCCCCUGCCCUCCAUCCCUGGAGGCAGUGACAGCCUUGCCUUUAACAUCUAUGAUCGCCCACUGUCGAACAAUGUGCAAAUAUUGCACUGCUGGAAGCAAAGAGCAGCCGAGGAUGGUUGGGGGAUCAGCUCCGCAGCCUGGACAGCCUGUCGGGAAGCCGAGUGACUCCGUCUGUGGGCACCGGCUAAGGAGGUGCCCGGCGGGCCCAUCCUUUGCCCGGGAGCUCCCCUGUAACUCGAGGAACGUGGCCGGAACCGCAGUCAGCACCGCAGACCUGCCCCACGGGGCAUCCCCCGGCUGGGCUGCUCUCCAAAGGUCGGCAGGACCCCUCUGCGAGAGCUGUGCUUCAGUGCAGUAGCCGAGGAGUGCUGCUCCUGCUGCACGGGUCCCGAGGAUGACAAUGUCCUCCCCCCGGCUCUGGGAGAUGUGUGUAAGGAUCCGGUGCUUGGGAGGCCCGAGCUAACGGGCUGGGCUGGGAAGUUUUGGAAAGGAGAGGGGAGCGCGGCAGCCUGCCCAAAACCGCGAUCAGAGACGGCCGCGCACCCCUCCCCUGCGCCGCCGGCUCCCUCCCCCGGCCCGGGGCGCUCCGGGGUGGGAUUCUCCCCCCGAAAGGCUCCCGGACCGCCGAGCGCCGCUGCCGCCCGGCCGGGAGAGGCGGCGCCCGGAGCGCUGCCCGCCGGCUGCGGCCAUGGGCAGCGGCAGCAGCCGGCGGCGGGGGCCCGCGGGCAGAGCGGGGCAGAGCCGGGACCUGCCCGGGACCGCCGGCGGCGAGGGGGCGGCGGCACCGCCCGGCCCCGGCCGCCCAGCGCCGGCCGCCGGCGGCAGCGCCGAGCCCCGGGCCGGCGGGAGCAGCGCGGAGGCGGCGGGAGGCGGCGGGGCCCCGCUCCAGCAGGCGGCUUUGUCAACCAGAAGCCUACCAGGCCCAGAGAACAACAACCUCGACCAUCAGUGCCCAGAAAGCAGCAAGAAGCCUUUGGAGCAGUCCACAAUAUUGUAUGAUUACUCGGAGGAGGAGCUCAUGGCAAGCAUCGAGCGGGAGUACUGCCGCUGAAUCCAGUUCCCUGCCACCAGAGUGUCAGGCAUGAUCCUGGAAGCCCAGAUGAGCAGAACUGCUGCUGACAACAUCUGGCACAGCGAGACAGCACAGGAGAAGUGGGUGGUGGAGGGUACCUGGAGGAUGAGAGGCUGCUUGGGAAGCUCAGAGGAGAAAGUUCACCUGAUCCAUGAAGAGCAUGAAGAUCCUCUCCAGCUGCUGAUUUCUGAUUGGUGCCACUGGGAGAGAGAUCAACUCAUCUUAAGAAUCAAUAUUUAGAAGCUCAUUUCUCAAUGCUGUUUAUAAAUGAACAUGUACUAGAAUUAACUGCAUACUAGAGGUGUUGAAAUGAGGUGCUUUGAAGGAAGAUCUUGCUUUGAACUUAGUAAAAAAAUAUGCAGCCAUAUCAUCUGAUUCAGAUCUUAAGGUGAUGUCAAAUGAAAUUCAUGUUUCUGCCACUUAAAAUGUGCCAAAUGUACUCCUUGUGCUGCGCAAACCUCAGGUCCAGGUCUGAAUUUGGCACUGUCUCUUUCAAUCUGGUUCCAGUAUAGGAGAUAAGAGGAAAAGGGGAUUGAGCCCACCAUCUAGUGCUUAUACAGUGUAAUUCCAGAGUUCAAAUUCCGGAGUUCAUCAUACUUUGUCAAUUAGCCUCCUGGGAGCCAUCAAGGAACACAGGAUUUGUGUGAGUCCUUGGGACAGGAUCCCAGCAUAUGUGUCCUGUCUGAGGCUCCUGGGCAUGGAUCCAUCCCAGUGAUGGGAGUGAAAGCAGGAGGCACACCCCCAUUUCAUCCAUCCUUCUCAAGAAGGAUGUGUAUGCUCCAGUAGAGCAGCUGUUUGGGAUCAAUUUUCAGAAUUGCCACUCCUGGCCUUUCCCUAAUGUUUCUUGUCCUACAAGAAAAAUCACUGCAUUUUACCAUUAGCUGACUGCAAAAAACCAGAAAGUUCUCUCUCCUAAGGAAAUAGUAUUUUCAGCACUCCCAGACAGGGAAGCCUGGUAUUUUGGGUUUCUGCUUUUAUUAUACCUGCAUCUUAACAUAUUGUGAAUAUCUACUUAUUAUCAGAAAUAGAGAAAUACUUUAUUUACAUCCUCAACUGAAGCAUAAAGGACAUCCGAUAAAAUCUUCACUACAUGUAAAUGCAAGAAAUAAUUGCAGGACACCUCUUAAGAUGCUGUAUUUUAAGUACUUUAUGAUUCCUGGGACCUGUAAAACAGAAAUAAAUGCAUCUAUACUCUGAAGCCCUCAGUGAAGGCAUCAAAU